UUCGGAUUUUUCCAUAUUCUCGUAUCUCACGCAUCGAAAAAAACCCCAAGCUAAGACACCAACAAAACUAUCAUCUGUCGCUCUCAACCUAAAGCGCCCAAGCACAUUACCAAAAAUACCACACCGCACUACACCGCUCUACUAUCAACAGACCUGCAUAUUAUUACAUUUAGGUUCCCCUCCUGAUUCUUGCUCGACACCGACAUACAUCACGCUAGUGGGCUACCGACACACAGCGCAUGAAAAAACAAGCGCCACGUCAGUUGCAUCGCGCAUACUCAACAUAUUUGAUCAAAUUCCACUUUAUAAAAGAAGACUCGCCUCUCGCCACAAACCUCGAGAUCUCUUCUUUUGCGAGUUUCCACACAGACAAACACGCACCCAUCAACCAACACCUUUUACAACACAUACUUCAUCACACAUAACAACCGCAGCUAUGUCGGCCUAUAGCCCGUACGGCUCUUACAGCUCCCUUCACACGACAUCGGCACCCAUGGAGAUUGGAUCAGGAAGCUUCCUGUCCAGGCCACGAUAUGCGACCAUGGACAGCUACAACACCACUAGCUUCCCUUCGUGGCCGAGGCGGUCCUCGCUUUCCGAAUCUGAACAAGCCGAUCACCCCGCCACCUCUUUCCUCUCGGACGAGGAUCUCAUCUUUGACACCGACCCCUUCUCUGAGGAUGAUGCCCGCAGUGUCUCGAGCAGCGGCAGUGGCUCUUGCUCGCCAAACCAGCCUACCCGCUACGAUGUCCGCGCCGAGGAGGAAGAGGCACGGAGGCAACUCCAACGUCAGCAAAAGGCUGCCCUGCAACGUCAAGCACUGCAGAUGAUCCAGGAGGAGAAGGAGCGCCGCCGCGCCAUGAGACAACGCCAGCUCCAGCGCAGGAAGUCAAGCGGCCCGUCUACCAAGUCAAAGGCGGCCGGUGCCGCCAUGGACCCCAUCGCAGAGUGAUGUGAUGACGACCUGGAUUCGAGUCACUUGGGGGCCCAGUAUCCGAUAACGAACCGGAUAAUACUGCGACACGCACACGAACCAAAAACACUAUCCAACCACUCACAUACAUGUCACGCACACACACACUCACUUACAACUCGGCACCCCACCCUCUCAAAAGCACACACACCCUCGCUCGUAUCAGACGAGGGCGAGCUGAGGCGUGGCACAGAGCUAGCUUGUAUAAGGUCCUGGAGUGAGUGAAAAUAAAGUACUUAUUACUCAUAAUCAACAAUACCCCUCACAUUCACCACAUACCCACGAUAAUUUCAUCCCACCACUAUCAGCCGAAUUUAGCCCUAUUUCAUUCCAAGGUUAUUUUUGGGAGUGGCAUUCUAUUUUAUGACGACCUUUUCCGCCUUAUCAUUUUGCAUCAUCCAUCGUCUUUUCCACCGACGGCCCGAGGUUGACAGCUGUGCGACUGGCUCCCCAGUAUCUGGCUCGGUAAUUUCAACAACAAUCUCAUUCUCUCACGCAGAAUAUAUUCUCUUUUAUCGCAUGGAUUUCGUUUAUGGGGGACAAAAGUUUACAAGGCGAUCCACUGCACAUUAGGCAGCAUCGCAUCAGAUAUCCGCUUCCGGUUCGCAGUUAGCGCCGAGGCUCUGGCAUUUUGCGAGACUAUUUUUGUCUCCAUCUUUUUCAUCAUGAGCUUUGUGUGCUCGCAGGCGUCACAGGAGUUUAAUCCCCGAUUGGUCAUAUGGGCCUCUUUACUAUUAUUACCUUUUUUUGUGCUGUUUUGUAUGAGAUACCGGAGGAACACAGGCCAAGUCCAAACUCCUGGCGAACCUACUUGCAGUAGGGAAUCGCGAUGAUCUUUUUUUUUUCUCUCUUUCACCUAGCGAGCGCAUGAUACCCCCACACUACCACACUUGGGAUAGUUAGUUUAGUCUUUAGGAUAGUCAUUCAACCAUUUACACCG